AUGGAGCCAAGAGCCAGAGUGGUGCCUGUGACUCAGAUCAACUGCUGUUUUUUCCCCGACAGAACCUCUGGCCUCUGGAAACCUACAUUAAACAACAAUCUCUGACAGCGCUUCCUCCACAAUCCUUGAUUCCAUCACUGGAAACUUGAGAACCAACUCUAACCACCCCCACCCCCAGAGUUUCCUGCUCCUGUCCUCCAAGCCGCAGGACACCUAUUGCUACUUUGGGCUGGAACUGCAGGUCUCGGGCUUGCGUGUGUAACAGUGUAGGUCUUCCGGACAGGCGGAACCACCCACAUCGCUGCUCGUGCUGUGUGGGGUGUGCCUCUCCGCAGUUCCUAGAGGUAGUCCCAGGGUAGAGUGGCAGCUUUAACAACCAAUAGGCAUGGAAGUUGAGGGGCCAGAAGCCAAUGAGGAAUCUGGUGAAGGAGAAGAAGCGAUCAUUUGAGGAUGUAGGCACUGGUCUGAAAGAACAUGGGACUGUAUCAGAGGUGGCGGCGGCUCCGGCUCCCAGGGUUACAAGCCUGCGGGCUGCACACGGUGCGUGAGGCAGCUGUGCCGAACCCUCCACACUGGUUGGUAGAGCGGCUUGGCCUUUUUGAGGAGCUAUGGGCUACUCAGGUAAAGAGGGUAGCAAGCAUAGCAGAAAAGGAACACCGGACUAUUAAGAUAGCGCUUCCCGGAGGCCAGAAGGUGGAGGCAGUGGCAUGGAACACAACCCCUUACCAACUAGCCCAGCAGAUCAGUUCAACCCUGGCAAAUACUGCAGUGGCUGCCCAAGUGAAUGGAGAACCUUAUGAUCUGGAGCGGCCCUUAGAGACAGAUUGUGACCUCAGAUUUCUGACAUUUGAUUCUGCAGAGGGGAAAGCAGUGUUCUGGCACUCCAGCACCCACGUCCUGGGGGCAGCGGCGGAACAGCUCCUCGGUGCUGUCCUCUGCCGAGGCCCCAGCACAGAAUGUGGCUUCUACCACGAUUUCUUCCUGGGAAAAGACCGGACUAUCCGGGGCUCAGAGCUGCCUGUUUUGGAGCGAAUUUGCCAGGAACUUACAGCUGCUGCUCAGCCCUUCCGGAGGCUAGAGGCUUCCCAGGAUCAGCUUCGCCAGCUCUUUAAGGAUAACCCCUUUAAGCUUCGCCUGAUCGAGGAGAAAGUGACAGGCCCAACGGCGACAGUGUAUGGGUGCGGCAUGUUGGUCGAUCUUUGCCGGGGCCCCCACCUUCGGCAUACGGGACAGAUUGGAGGGCUGAAGCUGCUCACGAACUCGUCAUCCGUAUGGAAGUCCUCGGGCGCCCCAGAGACACUGCAGAGGGUGUCCGGGAUUUCCUUCCCCACAGCAGAGGAGCUGAGGGCCUGGGAAGAAUGGAGGAGGGAAGCAGAGUUACGGGACCACCGGCGCAUCGGGAAGGAACAGGAGCUCUUUUUCUUCCACGAACUGAGUCCUGGGAGCUGCUUCUUCCUGCCGCGGGGGACAAGGGUGUAUAAUGCCCUGGUGUCCUUUAUCAGGGCUGAGUACGCCCGCCGCGGUUUCUUAGAAGUGAAGACACCCAUGCUGUUUGCUACGAAACUCUGGGAACUCUCAGGGCACUGGGAGCAUUAUCAGGAGGACAUGUUCGCACUGCAGUCCGCAGGCUCCGACAGGCCCGCCAGCUCCCAGAGUGACCACCCCACGAGCCAUCCCACAGACACGCUUGCCCUCAAGCCCAUGAACUGCCCUGCGCACUGCCUGAUGUUUGCCCACCGGCCCAGAUCCUGGCGAGAGCUGCCCCUGCGACUGGCAGACUUUGGGGCCCUGCACAGGGCUGAGGCCUCUGGCAGUCUAGGGGGACUGACCCGGCUGCGGUGUUUCCAGCAGGACGAUGCUCACAUCUUCUGUGCACCCAAUCAGCUGGAAGCAGAGAUCCGAGGCUGCCUGGAUUUCCUCCGCUCGGUCUAUGCUGUCCUUGGCUUCUCCUUCCGCCUGGCACUGUCCACCCGGCCGUCUGGCUUCCUGGGAGAGCCUUGUCUUUGGGACCAGGCUGAGCAGGUCCUUCAACAGGCCCUGGAAGAAUUUGGGGAACCCUGGGACCUCAACCCUGGAGAUGGUGCCUUCUAUGGGCCUAAGAUUGACGUGCACCUCCGAGAUGCCCUGGGUCGGCCCCAUCAGUGCGGGACAAUCCAGCUUGACUUCCAGCUGCCCCUGAGAUUUGACCUCCAGUACAAGGGGCGGGGGCCCCGGAGCACCCAGUGCUCAUUCACCGAGCAGUGCUGGGCUCUGUGGAGAGGAUGCUGGGGGUGCUGGCGGAGAGCUGUGGCGGGAAAUGGCCACUGUGGCUGUCCCCAUUCCAGGUGAUGGUCAUCCCUGUGGGGACCGAGCAAGAGGAAUAUGCCCGGGAGGCACAGCAGAGCCUGUGGGCUGCAGGACUGGUUGGUGACCUGGACGCUGACCCCAAACUGACCCUCAGCCGGAGAGUCCGCCGGGCUCAGCUCACCAGCUACAAUUUUCAGUUUG